AUGAAAAAAGGAGAAAUUACUCUUAUUGCAUUCGCCGACUUCUCGAAGGCGUUCGAUACAGUGGACUUUGCCGUAAUAAUAAAGAAACUUCAUGCCAUUGGCUUUUCACACUCAUCGUUAAAUUGGAUUCUUAACUACCUUACUGGUCGGAAACAACUUGUUCAAGUAAAUGACAGCCAAUCUGAACUAGCAGACGUGUUGUUUGGUGUUCGCAGGGAUCGAUAUUGGGUCCCAUGCUUUUCAACCUUUACGUCAACGACCUCCAAAAUGAUUUUACCUGCAGGUGCUUCCAAUAUGCCGAUGAUACAACAGUUUACCGUAGUUGUACUCCUAAAAAUCUCAGUCAAUGUGUGCAAGAAAUGA